UGAGAGUUGGGAACACUGAUCUGUGCUUCAUUUCAUUUUUCAUUAUCCAAUUUCCAAUAUCAUCUAAGAAUAUCAUAAUAUCAAGUUUAGAAAUUAGAUUUUUCCAUUUCUUUCCUACAUUUACAUUUAUUUUUCCAUGAUUAUAAACAUAGUUAGAACUGCUAAAAUGAAGGUAGAACAGAGACAUGAUGGAUAUUGUGAAAAGUAACUGUUCUAGUGGUCUUUCUGAUAAUUGCUGUAACAACCAUGUAUUCAUACCCCUUGAUGUAUGUUUUACUGAUUUAAUUGAACAAAGUUUUGGUCAGUUUUCCGUAAAACCAAUAUCUUAUAGCGAUGAAGAUAGUAGAUCAGCUAUUGAUUUACAAAACUGUAAUGUAGAAGAAUAUACAAUUAGCUUGGUAGAAUCAGAUAAUGUUAUAGAGGAAUCAGGCAUUGAUAUAAAAAGAACUAAAUCAAAUUCAAAUGAAUGUGAAAUCACGGAUUGUUUUAUUAGUCGUGAUCACAGAAGGAAGAAAAACAAUGACACUAAUAAAAAAAUUGGAAAAACUAGACGUGGAAAGAGUAAAAUAUACCAGAUACCUAGCUUUUUAUAUGUUACUCCUGCUAAAGACAGUAUUGAAGAUACACCCGAAUUUAAAAAGCUUUUGAAACCCAAAGCUAGUGCAGAUGCAUCAAGAUUAGGGCAGUCACUAUUUAGAUGUCAGUACUCUCCUUGCCCUUUCAAAACAAAAAAAUAUGAAGAAUUAGAUACACAUGAGUGGGUGCAACACAAAAUCGGAUCAGAAUCUACAUUUACAACAGACUGUAUAGAGGUAGAGAUAGAAUGUCACAGGUGUUCCUUUAAAACCAAACAUCGGAAGGUGUUUAAACAACAUUGAUAGAGUUAUAGAACUACUGAUAGAGUUAUAGAACUACUAUAAUGGCCUUUAUAUUGUUUGAAACAAUUGUGCAGCUAAUUUUAGUCAUUUAUUCUUAUUUAACUAUAUUGAAUUAUUUUAAAAUAAUCUUAACAAGUAAAUAAAAUUAAGACAUGAAAUACCGUAUGAUCGAAAAAAAACGGCGUCCAGUUGGCUGGGAAAUGAACAUCAAUGACAUUUCCCAUAUAAAUUUACAUUUAAAAUGACAGCGAUCUUCAUUCCAUAGCCAUCGCUGACGCCGUUUUUUCUCGAUCAUAAGGUAUAUUAUUUAAUUCAAGUAUGCGUAUCUAUUUAGCUGUUUUAUAUCCCAAUACACUUUACACUUAAGUCUA